UUUACUCUCAGGAUUUGAUCGGUGUGAACUAUUCCUUUGACGUUGACUUCGAAAGGAUCUUUAAUAAGAAAUUCUGUAAUAUACAUGAUAAUUGGAAUCUAAUGGAAUACGCUGAUUUGAGUAUCUCUUCACCAGAUAAUUAUCAGAAAGGUAUUAGAUCGAGGAAAGAAAGUUGUACCACAUCUUUUCCUAUUGUGUUAUUCGAUAGUAGCGUAUUGGAAUUUAACGUAUAUCUUGAUGUUGCUGAAGAAAGUGGAUUAAAAAUUAAUGUUUUUGAUGAUAAUGGUAAAUCAGAAGUAUCUUAUUGGUAUAAUAAAAGCAAUAACAAUUACAAACGUGGAUGGAGUACAAUUUCUAUUGCCAUAAAUACAAAUUUAACAGGAUAUAUUAAUCUUAUUGGCUACAGCCAGGACCAUGAAAUUGUGAUUGUGGAUUCUUUCCAAUACAUUACAAAGCCUAAUGUAAAUAGCCGAAUAAAAGACGAUAUUUUAAGUGAUAAGAUUUAUGAAACAGAUGGUUUACUGGAAAAUAUCCAUGAAGAAAUAGAUUUGUUAUUUGAUCAUGAAGGCAGUGGUGAUGAAGGUUCUGGUGAAGAAUACGAUUUACAUCUAGGAGAAUUUGAAGAUGAUGAUCUUGAUGAAAAGGGCGUAACUAAAAUAGAAGAAUGA